UACUCUGUGUUUUGGUAUUUCAUUUUUUGCUGUUUUGUGACUGCUCUGUGGUGACUGACUUCCGUAAGUCGUAACAAAAACUUGUUAUUGAGUGUUCUAAUUAUUUAUUUUCAAGACUUUUUUACCAGUAAAGCGUUCUUAGAGAAUUGACGAACACCUAGGGUUCUAAAAGUACUUAACAAAACUUAAAAGUUACUUCCAGUGCCACUUCGUCAUGGCUACGAAUAUCCCACCCAAUACCUCUAGUGCUCCUCCUAGCAAUCCAAACGAUCUUCCACCACCUUAUGCCGCCGUAGUGGGCAACCCUCAGUAUGGAUUCGUAGCGCCGACUGGUGAGCCUUUUCCCCCUGCAGAAGGUGCAUUUGUUCAACCCAAGCAGUUUACCGCGACGGGAGUUUACCCACAUCCUGUAGUAGCCAGCGUUCCGCUUCAAGCUGGUGAUGUCCCUCCGCAGCACGGUAUGCAAUUACCUGUGGGAGUAGUGAUGCCCCCAGCAGUGGGCAGUCAACCCACCACUAUCACAUGUUUCAACUGUGGUAAAGUUGUUACUACAAGGGUGACUUAUACAACUGCCUGGCAUACUCACCUGGUGGCUGGAUCCAUUUGUGUCAUCACAAUGGUCUGCUCGUUGUGCUGCCUUGGACUUGUACCAUACUGCUUUGAUUCAUUCAAGGAUGCAGAACACUAUUGCCCAAACUGCAGCACUUUUAUUGGCAAAAGUAACAAAUGUUAAAAACUAUUUUACACUAACACUAAUUAAAAAUCCCCCAAUUACUUCGAACAUUAUUCAAGUAAAAAAAAAUUAAGUCAAUUAUUGCAUAUAAUCUAUGGUGAUAGGUUGAUAAUUAAAUAUAUUCAAAAAAAAUUAUCUUGAAUGUUUAAAAUAAAGAGAAACUAAAUGACAAUAUAUUCUAUGUGCUAUAAUCCGUCACAUCAUUAUCAUAAUUUCUGUGGUUUUACCUAAUUAUACUAUAUGUAAGGGGGAAGUAUUCUUGCAUUGUGAAAUGAAAGGUUUUGCUUAUUUAUUGAUUAAAUGUAUAUAUUUAUGUUGUUUUGUCAAUGAACUCAAAAUACAAUU